AUGUGUAAGGGGAGAGGAGACCCAGAAAGCUGCCGGCGGCUUUCCCCUCCGGCCGCCGUCGGCCGUGUCUCCUGCGAGCUCUGCGACUCGGAGGCUUCAUUGUACUGCCAAGCCGACGACGCCUUUCUUUGCCGGAAAUGCGACGGCUGGGUUCACGGCGCUAACUUCUUGGCGCAGCGCCACAUCAGGUGCCUCCUUUGCGGCGUGUGUCGGAGCCUCACGCAGCGGUACCUCAUCGGAACCUCCGUCCAGGUGGUUCUUCCGACGAUCGUCAGCUCGCCGGAGAGAAGUAGUAGUUGUAAUAGUAGAGUUGAGGGUAGCCAUGAAAAUAGCAACAAAACCUUGUCCACAACGCUCAAGAAGCCCUUCUUGUUUCUCUGA